AUGAAUAAUCCUCAACGUGGUACCCUCUACGAGUGUGGGCACUCUCUUCGGCCAGGUUCUGCUGAUAACGCGGCGGGCCCUGGUGGCGGGCUUACAUUUGUGACCACGCGUUUGCGCCAGUGUGCGUCGUCUUUCUGGGAUGCGAUGCAGGCGCGCCUGGUUGCCGACGGCCUCCCCACGACUUUGCCUGGCAUGCUCCGCGCCAACCAUUUCAGCGUCGAACGGUACCAAGGCCUCGGCUAUCGCACCAUUGGCGAUACCGACGAUGACGGCGGCCCGGCGGCCGCUGAUGGCAGUCCUGUUGGCAGUCCUGUUGGCAGCGACAAUCUCUCACCGCAACCCUCCUCUGUACACUCAAAAGGCUUUUCUGUGCGAUAUCUCCGUCCCGAGAAUCUCACAUUUCAUCUCAAGUGUGCGGAUAUGUUUGCCAACCCUUCACCCAGACUCUCAGCUGGCAACGAUGGUCUCUCUGAAGGUAACCCCAUCGCCCAGCCCACUGCGAACCCACCCGACGUCCGCGACCCGCCUACCGAAGAGAAGCGUCCCGAUGCCGGACUCCACAUCAGCACUUAG